GCCCCGAGUCAGGCCGCGAGCGGGUCAUGGCGCCGGCUUUCGCCUGAGCAAAUAGUCGGUACAAACGGAGAGCGGAAACCUUCGCCUGUCUUUGCUGCGCCGCCAUGGAGGAGGACCCGGAGCUGGAGAGGAAGGCUGUGGAAGAGUUACUUAAAGAGGCAAAACGUGGGAGAACCAGAGCUGAAACAAUGGGAGCUAUGGGUUGGUUGAAAUGUCCUCUUGCUGGUACAAAUAAAAGAUUUCUUCUUAAUACCAUCAAAAACACGUUACCAUCUCAAAAAGAACAAGACCAAGAACGUGAACAAAAAGACGACAGUAAGGAGCCUGAGCCAAACAAAAGCAGGAAAGAAGAAAAGCAAAAGAAACUCAGAAUUCACCCAUAUACUCCCAGCUUUCAAUCCAGAAGGAGAGUCAGCUACUCUCCUCCGAGGCACCGAAGCAGGAGCCACCACACAAAGGAUAAGCAUGAAAAGCGAUCAAGCAAACGAUGAGGGGAGUGACGAAUGUGUGUUGUUACAAGCCAGGAGUGUCAUUAAGAGUCAGACUGCAGGGAUGACUCUCUUUCAGGAAAAGGUGAUGUUCUAAAUUGAGUUUUCAACAGAGUUGCUUGUGUGAGAAGUAACCUUGAGGUAGCUUUAGUCAACCUUCCUUUGGGACCUUUAAGAGAAAAGCAAAGUGCAGCAUAAAUCUUUCAGUCAUUUUAGAACAGACAUUCCUUUCCUUCUGCUCCAUUCCUCUCCCCUCUUCUGGCUAAGCUUAGGGUCUUGAUGAUGGAUUGUGAUAUAUGUGUUACUGUCCAAUACAACUUGUUUAGUAAUGUCACUCUUUCAGAAAUAAAUUUAAUUUAAGCAGAAACGUAUUUAUUGUGUAAAGUUGGCAGAACUUCUUUGCUGCUAACCAAUAAAGAAGUUUUGCAUGUAUGGGUUAGUUUAGUUUUACAGAAUCUAGAUGAAUGGAAAGCUAAUCAGUGCUUGGCCAAGCACAUGCAUUUUGUAUAGUACAUAAGAGUUUGCUUUCUUUAGUAUAAAAGGAACAAGUUUUAUGUGGGCAACACCGGUUUUGUUUUGCAAGAGAAACCACCAGGGAAUACUGAUUUUACAUGUUAUUGUACAUUCACAAACAUGUCAGAGAUAAUAAUAAACGUUACCCCUAAAAAGCCAUAACUGCAAUAAUUGUCUUUGUUGUGACUUCCCUCUCUAAGGAAGUAGUUUGAACAGUCUAUUGUCAUGGUGCUUUCAAAACAAACCUUGAAGACAAACUUAUGUUCUCUGUCCACUGCUGAGGAAGUUUCCAAGUAAGUGUGUAAUACUAGAAAAGCAGAGGUGUUACUUAGAAACAGUCAAAUGCUCACUCUCCAAGCCUGCGUGGCAGUUCUGUGGUGGUACAGUUGUCAAACGCGUGAUGUGGAGCUCAUAUACCACACAUCAGCACAUUCUACAUCACUUCUGUUUGUGUUACAAUAACAGACUUCUGUGUGGAAUAUUUUGUAUUGCAAAAAUCAUUGUUUUGAAGAUAAGUUUCCGUUCUUAAGCGCGUUGACAAUAAAAGCGAAAAUGUUCAUUAAAA